AUGUCAGCAUCGACGGCCUCCAGUAUUCAAAUCAUAUCGGACCUCCACUUGGGUGAGUCACCCUCAGACAGUGACACUUGCACCCCAUUCGACUACAUCGUCCCCGCGAACGCCGAGUAUCUCGCUCUCCUGGGCGAUGUCGCUCGCACCACCGAUCCACGACUCUUUCCCUGGCUCGCGGGCGUGCUUGACAAGUUCAAGGCUGUAUUCUAUGUUAUGGGCAAUCACGAGCCGUACGGGACGGCCGUCGAUUCCGCGUUGCGAACGCUCGAGUCGUUUGCCGACUCGCUCAACGCCAAUUCUUCUGGGCAUUUGGUCAUCCUCAAUCGGACCCAGUACGACGUCUCCGACUCGCUCACCAUCCUCGGGUGCACGCUCUGGUCCGACCUGCGUCACUCAUCCGGGAGCGACGGGCUCACGACGCCUCCCAUCCAAGAUUUCACCUCCGUAUCAUCACUCACGCCUGCCGUCUAUCAAUCCCUCCACUUUGCCGACCUCGCGUGGCUCAACUCCACCGUCCCCUCCCUCGCCGCCAACACCGCCCGCCGCAUAAUCGUCCUAACCCACCACGCCCCACUCCUCCUCGGCACCUCCGAUCCCGCGUACUACCCUUCUACCUUCGACGGAGUGAGGAGUCUGCCGGGCUACGCGACCGAUCUGUCGCAGCAGCCGUGCUGGCACCCUGCCGUUGCGUUGUGGGCAUUCGGCCAUACGCACUGGUGCUGCGACUUUGUGAGAGACGGGGUGAGGGUGUACGCGAACCAGAGGGGGCGGAGGGGCGUGGGGUUCGACGCGGGAAGGGUGGUGGAGGUUUGA